AUCACGCACCCCUGCCUUGGGGCGGUUGAAGUUAAAAUCGUUUCGGACCCCGCCCUUCGAAGAAAAAGAGUUCUCCAUCCUCCCUUCCUCUUCCCUUCCUCCAUCCUCAUCUCUCCUCCCAAAUACCUAUCCCUCAAGGUACGCUGCAAACCCCCAAUCCUUCACAGCUUGCUUACUUUGGUCGUGUCUAAUUGUGCUUGCUCUCCAGUCUUUCAUCACCACACUCUCAAAAUGUCCGCUCCCGCUCAGAAGUUCAAGGUCUCCGACAUCUCUCUUGCGGCCUUUGGUCGUCGUGAGAUCGAGUUGGCUGAGAAUGAAAUGCCCGGUCUUAUGCAAACUCGUUCCAAGUACGCGAAGGAGCAGCCUUUGGCCGGUGCCCGUAUCGCUGGAUGUCUCCACAUGACCAUCCAGACCGCUGUUCUGAUCGAGACUCUCACCGCCCUCGGUGCUGAGUGCACAUGGACUUCUUGCAACAUCUUCUCCACCCAGGACCACGCCGCCGCUGCUAUCGCCGCUGCCGGUGUUCCCGUCUUCGCCUGGAAGGGUGAGACCGAGGAGGAGUACAACUGGUGCUUGGAGCAGCAGCUGAACGCCUUCAAGGAUGGCAAGAAGCUCAACCUCAUCCUUGAUGACGGCGGUGAUCUUACUGCCCUUAUCCACAGCAAGUACCCCGAGCUUCUCACCGACUGCUACGGUGUCUCCGAGGAGACCACCACCGGUGUCCACCACUUGUACAAGAUGCUCAAGGAGGGCAAGCUCCUUGUUCCUUCCAUCAACGUCAACGACUCCGUCACCAAGUCCAAGUUCGACAACCUUUACGGGUGCCGUGAGUCGUUGAUCGACGGUAUCAAGCGUGCCACCGAUGUCAUGAUUGCCGGAAAGACUGCCGUUGUCGCCGGUUUCGGAGACGUCGGAAAGGGUUGCGCCAUGGCUCUCCGUUCCAUGGGUGCCCGUGUCCUGAUCACUGAGAUUGACCCUAUCAACGCCCUCCAGGCUGCCGUCUCCGGUUACCAGGUUCUCCCCAUGUCCGAGGCUGCUCCCAAGGGACAGAUCUUCGUCACGACCACCGGAUGUACCGACAUCCUGACUGGCGAGCACUUCGAGGUUAUGCCCAACGACGCCAUUGUCUGCAACAUUGGUCACUUCGACUGUGAGAUCGACGUUGCUUGGCUCAAGACCAACGCUGCCAGCGUUGUUUCCAUCAAGCCCCAGGUCGACCGCUUCCUCAUGAAGAACGGCCGCCACAUCAUCCUGCUUGCCGAGGGUCGUCUCGUCAACUUGGGAUGUGCCACCGGUCACUCCUCGUUCGUCAUGUCCUGCUCGUUCACCAACCAGGUCCUUGCCCAGAUCAUGUUGUACAAGUCCCAGGACUCCGCUUUCACCAGCAAGUACCCCGAGUUCGCCAAGACCGCCGGCAAGCUCGACGUUGGUGUCUACGUUCUCCCCAAGAUUCUCGACGAGGAGGUUGCCCGUCUCCACCUCGCCCACCUCGGUGCCAAGCUCGAGGUCCUCUCCUCCAAGCAGUCCGAAUACGUCGGCUUGGCUCCCGAGGGACCCUACAAGCCCGAGACCUACCGUUACUAAGCGGUGUCUUUUGUGCGUAGCAUAGACCAUGUAUGAAAGUUACUGUCUUCAACGGCAUCUUUUAAGGAGAAAAUGGUUGGUGUUGUCAUGUUAAAAAGGGUUUCAUUUGUCAUUGGUUCUGGGGGUUAUGGCGCAUCGGGUUAUUCAACACUCACCCAUGUAGUUACACGGUGUUUUUCUUCUUCUGUUUCUUUGUUUCUUCUUUCUUCAGACACCAUACUCUAGUUUUUGCGUCUCAACGAAUAGCAAGCAUAUCAAUCCUGCAUCAUGCGAG